AUGUCUGGUUACCAAGGCCAGGGCCAGGGCCAGCAAGGCCAUCACGACUAUGAUGACGGCUACGGCCGUCCAGGUGGCGGCAACACCGAUUCUUACUACCAAGACGACCACCAGCAACAGUAUUAUGACCAGAAUGGCUACGAUGGCCGCGCUGGGCACAAUGGCGGCGGCGAUGGUUACUACGAUGAAUCGGGAUACUACAAUGCCGACGCCAACAACCCGUACCACCACGACGGUGGCUACUAUGACGGGCAUGAUCAGUACCAAAAUGAGUAUUAUAAUGAUGGCUACUAUGAUCAGGGCUACGACCAAGGCGGCUAUGGCAACGGUGGCCGCCAUCGGGGCGGCUCGGAAGAAGAUUCCGAGACCUUUAGCGACUUCACCAUGAGGUCCGAUAUGGCCCGUGCUACGGACAUGGACUACUACGGCCGGGGCGACGAGCAGUACCACGGCUAUAACGAUGGUCAGAUGGGCAGCCGUGGCUACCGCCCGCCCUCCUCCCAGAUCUCGUACGGCGGCAACCGGUCGUCGGGUGCCUCCACGCCCAACUACGGCAUGGACUAUGGCAAUGUGCUCCCCGCCGGCCAACGCUCGCGUGAGCCGUACCCCGCCUGGACCUCGGACGCCCAGAUCCCGCUCUCCAAGGAAGAAGUCGAGGACAUCUUCCUCGACCUGACGGCCAAGUUUGGCUUCCAGCGCGACAGCAUGCGCAACAUGUACGACCACUUUAUGACGCUUCUCGAUUCGCGGGCGUCCCGCAUGUCGCCGAACCAGGCUCUGCUCUCUCUCCACGCCGACUACAUCGGUGGUGACAAUGCCAACUACCGCAAGUGGUACUUUGCCGCCCACCUCGACCUGGACGACGCUGUCGGCUUUGCCAACAUGAAGGGCAAGGGCGCCCGCCGCAAGAACAAGAGCAAGAAGAAGAAGGCUGCCGAGGGCCAGACCGAGGCCGAGACCCUGGAGGAUCUCGAGGGCGACGAGUCUCUCGAGGCGGCCGAGUACCGCUGGAAGACACGGAUGAACCGCAUGUCUCAGCAUGACCGCGUGCGCCAGAUCGCCCUCUACCUGCUCUGCUGGGGCGAGGCCAACCAGGUGCGCUUCAUGCCCGAGUGCCUGUGCUUCAUCUUCAAGUGCGCCGACGACUACCUCAACUCGCCCGCCUGCCAGAACCAGGUGGAGCCGGUCGAGGAGUUUACCUUUUUGAACGACGUCAUCACGCCCCUCUAUGCCUACAUACGCGACCAGGGUUACGAGAUCGUCAAUGGCGUCUACAUCAGGCGGGAGCGCGAUCACAACAAGAUCAUCGGCUACGACGACUGCAACCAGCUCUUCUGGUACCCCGAAGGCAUCGAGCGCAUCGUCUUGCAGGACAAGAGCAAGCUCGUCGAGUGCCCGCCUGCCGAGCGCUUCCUGAAGCUUAAGGACGUCAACUGGAAGAAAUGCUUCUUCAAGACGUACAAGGAGACGCGCUCCUGGUUCCACAUCCUCGUCAACUUCAACCGCAUCUGGGUCAUCCACUUGACCAUGUGGUGGUUCUACACCGCUCACAACGCGCCCACCCUCCUGGUCCCCGGGUACGAGCAGCAGCGGAACCAGCAGCCGCCGGCCUCGGCGCAGUGGUCCAUCGUCGGUUUCGGAGGAGGCAUAGCGGCUCUCAUCCAGGUUUUGGCCACCCUCGCCGAGUGGGCCUAUGUCCCGCGCCGCUGGGCCGGAGCGCAGCACCUCACCAAGCGCCUGCUCUUCCUGCUCGUCAUCCUCGUCAUCAAUGUUGGCCCCGGCGUCUACAUCUUCAUGCCGGAAAAGACCACGGAGGCUUACCUGGACAAGCAGAAAGGCAAGAUCGCCCUCAUCCUGGGUAUCGUGCAAUUCUUCAUCGCCGUCGCCACGUACUUCUUCUUCUCCAUCAUGCCCCUCGGCGGACUCUUCGGCAGCUACCUGACCAAGAACUCGCGGCGCUACGUCGCCAGCCAGACCUUCACCGCCAGCUACCCGCGCCUCUCUGGCAACGACAUGGCCAUGUCUUUUGGCCUCUGGCUCAUCGUUUUUGCCUUCAAGUUUGCCGAGUCCUACGUCUACUUGACUAUGUCGUUCCGUGACCCCAUCCGCUACCUCGCGCUUAUGAACGUGGACAGCUGCUUGGGAGACACGAUCGUCAAGCAGUACCUCUGCAAGUACCAGCCGCAGAUUCUGCUGGGCCUCAUGACCGUCUGUGACCUGCUGUUCUUCUUCCUCGAUACCUAUCUCACCUACGUCCUGGUCAACACCGUCUUCUCGCUGGCCCGCUCCUUUUACAUUGGCUCGUCCAUCUUGACACCCUGGCGAAACGUCUUCUCGCGCCUCCCGAAGCGCAUCUACUCCAAGGUCCUCGCCACGACCGACAUGGAGAUCAAGUACAAGCCCAAGGUGCUCAUCUCCCAAGUCUGGAACGCCAUCGUCAUCUCCAUGUACCGCGAGCACCUGUUGGCCAUCGACCACGUGCAGAAGCUGCUCUACCACCAGGUGCCCUCGGAGCAGGAAGGCAAGCGGACCCUCCGGGCGCCGACCUUCUUCGUCUCGCAGGAAGACCACUCGUUCAAGACGGAGUUCUUCCCCGCCUACAGCGAGGCCGAACGCCGUGUGUCCUUCUUUGCCCAGUCGCUCUCGACGCCCAUCCCCGAGCCCCUGCCCGUCGACAACAUGCCCACCUUUACGGUCCUGAUCCCCCACUACAGCGAGAAGAUCCUUCUGUCCCUGCGCGAAAUUAUCCGCGAGGACGAGCCCUACUCGCGUGUCACGCUUCUCGAGUACCUCAAGCAGCUCCACCCUCACGAGUGGGACUGCUUUGUCAAGGACACCAAGAUUUUGGCCGACGAGACCUCACAGUUCAACGGCGAUCUGGAGAAGAACGAGAAGGACACCGCCAAGAGCAAGAUUGACGAUCUCCCCUUCUACUGCAUCGGCUUCAAGUCGUCCGCACCCGAGUACACGCUGCGGACCCGUAUCUGGGCCUCUCUGCGUUCGCAGACUCUCUACCGCACCAUCUCGGGCUUCAUGAACUACAGCCGCGCCAUCAAGCUGCUCUACCGCGUCGAGAACCCCGAGGUUGUCCAAAUGUUUGGCGGCAACUCGGACAAGCUCGAGCGCGAGCUUGAGCGCAUGGCCCGACGCAAGUUCAAGCUCAUCGUCUCGAUGCAGCGCUACGCCAAGUUCAAGAAGGAGGAGAUGGAGAAUGCCGAGUUCCUGCUCCGGGCCUACCCGGACCUGCAGAUUGCCUACCUGGACGAGGAGCCUCCCCUGGUCGAGGGCGAGGAGCCCCGCCUCUACUCGGCUCUCAUCGACGGACACUCGGAGAUCAUGGAGAACGGCAUGCGCCGGCCCAAGUUCCGUAUCCAGCUGUCUGGCAACCCUAUUCUCGGUGACGGCAAGUCGGACAACCAGAACCACUCGCUCAUCUUCUACCGCGGCGAGUACAUCCAGCUCAUCGACGCCAACCAGGACAACUACCUAGAGGAGUGCCUCAAGAUCCGCAGCGUCCUGGCCGAGUUUGAGGAGAUGAAGACGGAUGACGUUUCGCCCUACACGCCCGGUGUCAAGAACAAAGGACCCGCCCCCGUCGCCAUUCUUGGUGCGCGCGAGUACAUUUUCUCGGAGAACAUUGGUAUCCUCGGAGAUGUCGCUGCCGGUAAGGAGCAGACGUUCGGUACCUUGUUUGCGCGUACGCUGGCCCAGAUUGGUGGCAAGCUGCAUUAUGGUCACCCCGAUUUCCUCAACGGUAUCUUCAUGACGACGCGCGGCGGUGUCUCCAAGGCGCAAAAGGGUCUCCAUCUGAACGAGGAUAUCUACGCUGGUAUGAACGCCAUUCUCCGUGGUGGCAGGAUCAAGCACUGCGAGUACUACCAGUGCGGCAAGGGCCGUGAUCUUGGUUUCGGCUCCAUUCUGAACUUCACCACCAAGAUCGGCACGGGUAUGGGCGAGCAAAUGCUCUCGCGCGAGUACUACUACCUCGGCACCCAGCUCCCGAUUGACCGCUUCCUGUCAUUCUACUAUGCGCACCCCGGUUUCCACAUCAACAACAUGCUCAUCAUGGCGUCUGUCCAAGUCUUCAUGAUCACCUGCCUCAACCUUGGCGCUCUGAGGCACGAGACGAUCCCCUGCGACUACAACCGUAACGUCCCCAUCACCGAUCCCAUGUUCCCGACUGGCUGCCAGAACACGGACGCGCUCAUGGACUGGAUCUAUCGCUGCAUUCUCUCCAUCUUCUUCGUCUUCUUCUUGUCGUACAUUCCCCUUGUCGUCCAGGAAGGUACGGAGCGCGGCGUGUGGCGUGCCGUCACUCGGUUCCUCAAGCAGUUCUUCUCCUUCUCGCCCUUCUUCGAGGUGUUUGUGUGCCAGAUCUACGCCAACUCGGUCCAGCAGAACCUCUCGUUUGGUGGCGCCCGCUACAUCGGUACUGGUCGUGGCUUUGCCACGGCCCGCAUUCCCUUUGGUGUCCUGUUCUCGCGCUUUGCGGGUCCAUCCAUCUAUUUCGGCGCCCGGCUCUUGAUGAUGCUCCUUUUUGCCACCUUGACCAUCUGGCAGGCCGCCCUGACCUACUUCUGGCUCACCAUGCUGGCGCUCGUCGUCUCGCCCUUCCUGUACAAUCCGCACCAGUUUGCGUGGAACGAUUUCUUCAUCGACUACCGCGAUUUCCUCCGCUGGCUGUCGCGCGGCAACUCUCGUUCUCACGCGUCGUCGUGGAUCGCCUACAGCCGGCUGUCGAGGACAAGGAUCACGGGCUACAAGCGCAAGGCCAUCGGCGACCCCUCGGGCAAGCUCUCGUCCGAUGUGCCGCGAGCAGCCACGACCAACCUGCUAUUCGGAGAGAUCAUUGCCCCUCUCAUUCUGGUGGCCGUCACCGUCAUCCCCUACCUGUUCAUCAACGCGCAGACGGGCGUGACACCGAAAGACCAGGUCAGCGGUAACGAGGACGACCCGCGCAAGCGUGGCUCCGAGCCGACGGCUUCGCUGCUUCGUCUUGCUAUCGUUGCGGCGGGACCCAUCGCCGUCAACAUGGGCGUCUUGGCAGCCAUGUUCGCCAUGGCGUGCUGCAUGGGUCCGCUCUUGAGCAUGUGCUGCAAGAAGUUUGGCAGCGUUCUCGCCGCCAUCGCCCACGGCGUCGCCGUCGUGAUGAUGCUUGCCUUCUUCGAGGUCAUGUUCUUCCUCGAAGGCUUCGACUUUACCAAGACGCUCGCCGGCAUGAUCGCCGUCGUCGCCAUCCAGCGGUUCAUCGUCAAGCUCAUCGUGUCUCUGGCGCUUACGCGCGAGUUCAAGACGGACCAGGCAAACAUCGCGUUCUGGACGGGCAAAUGGUAUUCUAUGGGAUGGCAUUCGGUCUCUCAACCGGCCAGAGAGUUCCUGUGCAAAAUCACCGAGCUGAGCAUGUUUGCUGGCGACUUUAUUCUGGGCCACUUUAUCCUCUUCCUGAUGUUGCCCUUUAUCCUGAUCCCCCAGAUUGACAAGCUGCACUCUAUCAUGCUCUUCUGGCUCCGCCCUAGCCGGCAAAUCCGCCCGCCCAUCUACUCGAUGAAGCAGUCCAAGCUUCGGAGGAAGCGUGUUAUUCGCUUCGCUGUCCUCUACUUUGUCCUGCUGGUCGUUUUUGUGGGCUUGAUCGUCGGUCCCAUCGUCGCCGGCAGCAAGAUCCCGGCCAGUGUAAUGAACCAGCUCAAGGACACCAAGCUUGUCCAGCCCACCAACUUGGACAACAACAACACCCGCGGCCGGACUGAGACCGGCACUGCCCUUAAUCCCGCCAACCCAACGGGGACGGGUGACGCCAAGUCGACGGACAACGCCAACUCGAGGAGGAUCAAGCUCUUCUAA